GCGUGUGUGUGUGUUGCAGAGCGGCUGUGUCCUGUCCGUGUCCCCGUCUAUAAAGGACACCAGGGGGAUGACAGUCCGCUGAGCUCCGGGGGAAGAUGCUGCUGAUGCUGCUGCUGCUGCUGACGGCCGGAACCGGGACCGGGGCCGGAACCGGGGCCGGAACCGGGACAGGCGCUCCGCCGCUCCGGGGACCGGCGCUCCGGUCGUCCCCGCCGGUCCCCGCCUCUCCCUCCGCCUCUCCCCCGCUCCUCCUCCUCCCGAAGCCCCGGGCGGAGUACGGGGCUCCCGGCGUCGCCUCGGCCCGGUCCGCGGCGGAGGAACCGGCCGGCGGCGGAGGUGAGGAAGCCGGGGAGCAGCACCACCAUCACGGCGGCGGGUUCCGGGUGGUCCAGUGGGAGUGGAGCUACGUGCAGACCCCCUACAUCAUAGCCAUCUGGCUCCUGGUGGCAAGUGUGGCAAAGAUCUUGUUCCAUUUCUCCCAGCGGUUCACCACCGUCGUACCUGAGAGCUGCAUGCUCAUCCUUCUGGGUCUGGUUCUGGGCGGGAUCGUCCUCAUCGCCAAUAAGAAACAGCUGUACCAGUUAGAGCCCGCCCUCUUCUUCCUCUUCCUGCUGCCGACCAUCGUGGGCGAUGCUGGUUACUUCAUGCCGGCCCGCCUCUUCUUCGACAACCUGGGCGCCAUCCUGAUGUACGCCGUGGUGGGAACCCUGUGGAACGCCUUCUGCACCGGGUUCUCCCUGUACGCUGCCAAACUGGUGGGGGUCAUAGACGAGCGCGUCCAUGCAGACCUGUUGGACUUCCUGCUGUUCGGGGCGUUGGUUUCGGCCGUCGAUCCGGUGGCGGUUCUGGCCGUGUUUGAGGAAGUUCACGUCAACGACACACUUUUCAUUAUAGUGUUUGGAGAGUCACUGGUCAACGACGCCGUCACCGUGGUUUUGUAUAAAGUCUACAUCUCCUUCGUUGAAGUGGGGGCAGAAAACGUGCAGACGGUGGAUUACUUCAAAGGAGUGGCCUCCUUCCUCAUCGUCAGUAUUGGUGGGACUCUGGUGGGUCUGGUCUUCGCUGUCCUCCUGGGCUUCAUCACUCGUUUUACUAAGAAGGUCCGCAUCAUUGAGCCUCUGUUCGUCUUCCUGCUGGUCUACCUGGCCUACCUCACAGCUGAGCUCUUCUCGCUGUCCGCCAUUCUGUCUAUGACCUUCUGUGGCAUCGGCGCCAAUAAAUACGUGGAGGCCAACAUUUCCCAGAAGUCUCGGACCACGGUUAAGUACACGAUGAAGACUCUGGCCAGCAUCGCAGAGACGAUUAUCUUCAUUUUCCUGGGAAUCUCAGCCGUGGACAAGACGAAGUGGGCGUGGGACACAGGCCUGGUGUCCUGUACGCUCAUCUUCAUCUUCAUCUUCAGAGCUAUGGGUGUCAUUGGUCAGACCUGGGUCCUGAACCGCUUUCGUCUCGUCCCAUUGGACAAGAUUGACCAGGUGGUGAUGUCCUACGGCGGCCUGCGGGGGGCAGUGGCGUUCGCCCUGGUGGUGCUGUUGGACGGAGAACAAGUCAGAGCCAAGGAUUACUUUGUCGCCACAACGAUCGUGGUGGUCUUCUUCACUGUCAUGUUCCAGGGUCUGACCAUCAAACCUCUGGUCAAGUGGCUCAAAGUUCCUCGAUCCACCAGCAGGAAACCCACCAUCAACGAGGAGAUCCAUGAGAGAGCCUUCGACCACAUCCUGACGGCGGUGGAGGACAUCGCAGGCCUUCAGGGAUACCAUCAUUGGAGAGACAAGUGGGAACAGUUUGAUAAAAACUACCUGAGUAAGCUGCUGCUGAGGAAGUCUGUGUACAGGAAGAGUGAACUGUGGGAGGCCUAUCAGAAGAUCAACAUCAGAGACGCCAUCAGUGUCAUCGACCAGGGGGGGAACGUCCUGACUUCAGCCCGACUGUCUCUUCCGUCCAUGACCAGCAGAGCGUCUUUCCCUGAGGUCACCAACGUCACCAACUACCUGCGUGAGAACGGCAGCGGUGUGUGUCUGGACCUGCAGGUGAUCGAUAACGUCCCCGGAGCCAAAGUGGAGGAGGACAUGGAGACACACCACGUCCUCGCUGAAAACCUGUACAAACCACGGAGACGGUAUCAGUCCGCCUACAGCCGUCACUUCAUGCCUCUGGGGGAGAAGGAACGCCAGGACCGUGAAGUUUUCCAGAGGAACAUGAAGAGUCGCAUGGAGACGUUCAAGUCCACCCGACACAAACGGCACAAGAAGGAACGCAGCCUCAAGAAGCGGCGAGGCUCCGACUCCAAAGAGGACGGCAACGAGAAACCCAGACGCAACGUCAGCUGGCAGGACAAAGAUCCGGUGGUUGUUCCCGUCGAGUCGGAGGAGGAGAAAGGCGAACAUUCAGACCCCGAGAAAGAGAAAGAGGAAGAUGAAGGAAUCACCUUUGUAGCUCGAAAAGCAGAGACACCCAAAAUACGACCCAAAUCAGUCCCAGCAGCUCUGGAGGGCUGUCACAGUCCACCUGCAGCCCCUUACUCACCCACUAGUGAAGACAGCCACCUGCCGUGGAAGGGCGGGGUGGGCUCGCCCCCUCCCUGCGUGUCCGUGGAGGCCACUAAGAUCAUCCCCGUGGACCUCCAGCAGGCCUGGAACCAGAGCAUCUCCUCCCUGGAGAGUAUCUCGUCCCCCCCGGCCCCCGCCGAGCCCGUCCACCCCAGGGUGAGCGCCCUGUCCAGACUGGGCGGACCGCGCCCCGCCUCCUACACGCCGCCAGGCAGCUUAGCAGGCAGCACCUCCUCUGUUGGAGCCCAGGUGGCACAAGGCUCCUUCUGCUUUCCAGAGAAGAAGGAAGAAGAAGAGGAGGAGGAGGAGGAGGAGGAGGAAGGAGCGCUGCAGGAGAUGCGCCCGCUCAUGUCCUCCCUGAGGCCACCGGGCGCCAUGCCACCGCCCCCGCAACCACCCCCUGGCUCCGCCCCCGGGUCAGGGAAGAGGAGGAACCCCUGUGUGUACCUCAGGAGCUUCGUGACAGCUCCUCCCCCUCCCCCUCCUCCUCCUCCUCCUCCUCCUCCUGGCGACUCACGCAGCCGAGGUCCGACCCAGCUGUAACGGCCCAUCAUCACCAGUAGAGGAGGGGCAAGACGUGAGCGCCACCAUCAGGAGCAUCAGGACACACCCACUAAAACAAACCAGAGGUCAGGCUGCAUCACACCUGUCGGACCGUCCAAUAAGAAACCAGUUCAGCGUCUCACUUGGACUGUGGUAAUUUAGUCCAGUUCCACCUUUACAUGCACAUGUUCUGAUCCAGACAUGGUUCAGAGGUCUAGAUAUGAUCACUACAGCCGCAAUCUGGGCCACAAAAAUAUAUCAGCACACAAUCAUGAUCAUAUUUACGUCCAUAAUAAUGAUAAGCUUUAGAAAUGUAGACUGGAUGUGGUCACAUGUCCACCCUCAGAGCAGCACAUGUGGCUGGUUUUCCAUUCAUGUGUAAAAUCCAGAAAGUGGCAGAUAAAUGUUUGUAUUCUUGUAGUCCCGUACUGUAUUCUGGUCUCAUUUACUGUUUAUUGUCUGUGUCAGAGUUGAAUACACAGACAGGAAAUCAGUCCAUUUAAAGGCACCGACAGACCUGAUGUUACCUUCAAGUGCAUCAUGUACAUUUAGAAAUCUAUGUUAAAAUAACCCCAGACGUAGGAAAGCUUUCUUUAAAUUCCUAGACCUAUAUCUGAAAGGAUGAGUAUUCAGGCCUGUGUUAUUAUAUUUAACUUUACUGAAUGAACUCUGUUUCUUUUCCAUAUUAGAUUAUUAUAUUUUUGUCUUUUUGCCCAGGCCUGUCUCAGACUGCCAGCUCCAAACGGUUUUUUGACCUACACAGUUUGCAUCCAGAUUGAUUUCAGAAAAUCUAUUCAACAAAAAGCCACUUGGGAUUCGAUUUCUGCAAAGUGGAUUUGAACUACACUUGUAGGCAUCAUUUAAAAUCUGAUUCUUACUGGAUUCCAGUCAGAUGUGGUUUUAGUGUGUGCACUGGCAGCAUCGCAGCAUCGAAACCUGAACCUGAACCUGAACCUGAACCCCCUGCAGUCUGAGCUUAAGUAAGGCUGAAUCCCAAUUCACCCCUUGGCCCCUCCCCCUUACCCUUACCCCUCGGUUUUGCACGUACACCUGAAGGGAUACUGUCGUCUCAAUUCUCAAAUAGACAGAGGGGAGGGGCUAAGGCAGAGGACUGUUUGACCCUCGAAACUGAGAUUUUUCAGGACCACAUUACGAACAGAAGGGUAGGAGAAAUUUCCCAUAAUUCUG